GCGAAAACUGGGCCUUGAUCAUUUUCGCGCCGAUGAAACACCAGAAACAGGUGAUGCAUAGUGUGUACAACUGGGAUGAUGUUGAGGUGCUCACACGGUCAUGGUACAGACACUAUACACCUUCGACAACCUUGAAUAAGUACGGCAACAUUCCAGUUCGGUACACUGACAUGAUGGCUAUUGUCCUCCACGCUGAGAACGACAAUUUGGACAAUAUAACGGUUGCGCCGAAAUUGCGAGCCGAGUUGACAAAUUUGAACGUUGAAGAGGGUGAAUUUGUGAGGUGCUCAGGGGAGUGUAUCGGCGUGGAGGGCGACACCGACGCGGUUUAUUCUUGGAUGGAACGAGAGCCAGCACGUCUCCGAAAACUGUGCAGCUCGUUCAUCAGGGAGGACGAUGGCGUGAUGCUGUUGGGCAGAGCGCAUGCGGGACUGAUUUGGGAACUCGCUCGCGCCGGACACCACCUGUUUGCGUGUAACGACACGACAAAAAAACUCACAUACCUUUCCAAGUUUUUGGAGUUUUAUGUGAAGGAUCCGAGGAACAAAUGUAGGUUCGAAAAACCCCAAGUCGAGCACCGCAAGGACCGGGACAUUUACUAUAAGCUCGGCAGGAAGAGGGAGAAAGUGUGGGCUUAUUUGUUCGGUGACGCUCCACGGUCGACGGUUGAUAACGACUACGUCAUCAGGAAAAGUGAACUCGAGAUAGCAAUGAACGAGUACCACGGAUCGCACAUGGGUGUUUUCCACAUGUUCGUCGCACGUUGUGAGCAUCUGUAUUUCAAUAUGAAAAAAAAAACACUAUCAUGCAGGGAUUAUGCGGACUUGGCACGUAAAGCGGGGAACUUCAACAACAUCGAUUGUGACGAAGACACGUCAGACUCUAACAUGGACGUUCCAUCGUGCGCGACACGACGUUCGACGCAGGGAGCACGUGCCGAGGAGCCGCAAGGGAGCACCAAUGCAGAUGCGGAGAAGGCGAGAUCGAGUUUGGGAGCGACACAUGCUAGUGAGGGAGACGUGGAACAUAGAAUGAUUGCAAGGGGAGAAAAGAAUGGUGUACCAACGAAUCCGGUGGCUGCGAGUGAGGAAAUUGUUAACUCACGGGGCAACACAGGGGGAGGAGAAAAUGGGUGUGAAAUGACCCCGCCGACAGUUGGACCAUCAUCGACACAUGCACCGCAGGCCGAGCAGCGAACUCUCACGUCGAUGGACACAGAUGAAGAUGAAGACAUGGAUAUGACAGCAGUCAUGCCGAAGCUCGUGCCAGGAAAACCGUUACCUCAAGGCUUUGCUCAAGACCCUUCAGUGCCAUACUUGCUGCACGACAAGUACAAAGAGUCAUCGGAGGAGGACUGGGGUCAUCAUAUUCUCUGGCAUGAGGGCGUGUUCGAACCGUGCGUGUUUGCGGGCAAGUGGCAAAUGGUUGUGAAGACAAGAGACCGCGGGUGGGUCGCGAAGGAAAGAAAGGACGUUGCGAUAUGGCACAGCGUGACGGAGACGCAACUUUUUCGGCGGGUUGCAAAAGAAAAUGUCGGUGCAACCGAGGUGGCUGUAGCGGCAAAGGCGAAAGCUUUGUUUGAGCAUCUGCGUGUGAACAAACAACUAGAAUUCWGCACAAAGUUCUACGACCUUGCAUCAAGUGUGUCGUACGGCUCCAUCGAUUGGAAAAUCAAACAAGCGUCAGCAGUGCAAGGAAUCGAUAGCAUCACCUCUCUGAAGACUCAAGACGUCAUCGCGUCUAACACCAUUGUUGCGAUGGUCAGAGGGGAUGCAGGCUGCGAAACGGACACACGUGCGAACGCAGGGCACAUACAGAAUGAACAGUUACAAGCAUGUAUUCAACAAAGCACACAGAGAAGCGCAAUGGCGGAUUUCACUAUGAUAUGCAAGGACGGCGACGACAUGGAGUCGGGCAUAUUGACAGAGCUGCCAACGCGCAGGGUCAACGAUGGGGCAAAAAUCGUUGGAUCUUUCGGGUCUCUUGUCGUGACAAUGGCGGCGAGGCAAGGCGUAUCUGAAAUGAUGGAGACCGAUGCGGACCAGGAUAUUGAAAGCCAGACCGUGAAGGUGGCGCCAGAGCAGGUGGCGGCAACAACAGAGGAGACGAAGAAAGGUGAGGGAUCUUGCGAACACAUUUCCAUAAUAGAUAUGAGAUCGCGGAGUACGGGCGAGGAUAUGAUUCAAGAUAACGACCAGAACGAUGACCACGCUGCACCACGAGUGGAAGGUGACGACGAAGAGGACGCGCAACGACCGAGACGGUCAACGAGAGCAAUAAUUAAGAAAAUUGUGUUUGAUGUGUAGGAAAGCCUUAGACGGGCAUGGGCGUUUACAUGUUUCAGGUUAUAUUGAUGUGUCGCCACAAAUCAUGAUGCGAUAUUCACGCG